AUGGUCGACUCCGAGUCGUCGUCCUUUCCCGAUCUGCAUCUGAGCCUCUCCCAGACCGUCGCCUCGAAAGCCCCCAGCGUCUCAGUGUCAGUCAAGAACACUAGUCCUGACACUCCCGUGACGAUUCUGAAGUGGAGUUCUCCCCUUGAUGAGGCCGCUCUUGGCUUGGGUCUAGUGUCUAUCACGCCCGCCGGGGCGUCAGAGCCUAUCCACAUCGACGCCGUCAGACUUACCCGCAAGAUGCCACCAAAUGCCGAGUCCCUAGUAACGUUGCUUCCUGGUGAGAGUGUAAGCAAUGUCAUCGAGCUACGCGAGCCGAGGGUUUCAAAAGAUGUGUGGAAGGCAGGCCACGCGAAAGUACUGAUGACAGGGAGGUGGAUGGCCGUUUGGCCCGGACUGACUACGAAAGAAUUGUUGCAGCAGCCGGAGAAGCUGCAGUCUGUUGGUGCUGGCGCUGGUGGUUCGUUGACAGGGGAUUGGAAGACUGAGGCUGUGGAGGUCGGUCAGUAG